CGCGCGGAGACGCAUUUUUCGGAGCGAAAAGUGUAAACACAAACAAGCGUUCUUUUCUCGGUCGGUCGGUAGGUUCCGUGUUCCGUGUUUUCGUUCCGCCGGUAGUUCCGCGGGUUGACCAGCCGCCGAAAUGGGGCUCGACUUUGAGGUGCAGGACUACAUCAAGACGCUGAACAAGAACUGUCCGCCGUUCAAGUGUCCCAAGUGCGAGAAAAAGUACAAAUCCGUGGUCGGGCUGCAGUACCACUUGAAGAGCUUCGACCAUGACAAUCCGCCGCCGGGGACACCACCGGCUGUGGUGGUGGCUGCGACGGUAGCACCGGUGCCAGCUGUUGCCGAGGUAGCUUCUCCUGCGGAGAAGGAUGGGGAGGGUGGUGAAGGGGGAGUGGAAGAGGACAAUAUCCCGGAAGUGGCACCGGAACCGGUUAAAAGUGAAAAGCCGGCCGUUGCGAAGCCGGAGAUUGGCGACACACCGGUGAGGAGGCCACCGGCAAGUACGAAUAAAAAGAGCCAUAAGAAGAAGGUCGGAACGCCGAAGAAUAACAAGGCCCAGCAGGUCGUGGCCAGGGAAUCGCUGACCUAUGUCGAGUCGGACGGAUUGAUCAAGAUUGAGUUUGGCGGGAAGAACAUCAACAUUCCGGUGGACGAAGAAUUCGGGCUCGUGUCCAUCGAGGAGACCCGCGCCAAGCUGCUCGAUCCGGACACGGAGAUGUUUGCCGUUCCGCCACCAACGGAACCGGAAGUGAAGCUUCCCGAAGGGAUCUUCAAAGAGAUGGACGAUUACACGAUCUGCGAUGCGCCGGCUCGGCCAACGGCGUACAUCCGGUUCAUCGAGAAGAGCACGGAGGAGUUGGACGGGGAGGUGGAGUACGACGUUGACGAGGAGGACACGACCUGGUUGGGGAUUAUUAACGAGAAGAGGGCGGGACAGAAUUUGGCUCCGGUGCCGGUUGAUUCGCUGGAGUUGCUCAUGGAUCGGUUGGAGAAGGAGUCGUACUUUCAGGCUGCGGUCACCGGAGGUCAGAAUGGAGGUGCCAUCGUGGACGACGAUGCUGUUUGCUGCAUCUGCAUGGACGGCGAGUGCCAGAACACGAACGUGAUCCUGUUCUGCGACAUGUGCAACCUGGCCGUGCACCAGGACUGCUACGGCGUGCCGUACAUCCCGGAGGGCCAGUGGCUGUGUCGGCGGUGUUUGCAGAGUCCGAGCCGUUCGGUGGACUGCGUGCUCUGUCCGAAUACGGGCGGGGCGUUCAAGCAGACCGAUCAGAACCAGUGGGCUCAUGUGGUUUGUGCGCUGUGGAUUCCGGAGGUUCGGUUUGCGAAUACGGUGUUUUUGGAACCUAUUGAUUCGAUCGAGACGAUUCCGGCGGCCAGGUGGAGGUUGGUUUGCUACAUCUGCAAGCAGAAGGGGAUUGGGGCUUGCAUUCAGUGUAAUCGGAGUUCGUGUUAUGCGGCGUUUCACGUGACUUGUGCCCAGCAGGCUGGCCUGUGCAUGCGAAUGGACCAGGUUCGUGGGAAUGACACACAUCCGGUGGUGGUCCAGAAGACGGCUUAUUGUGACACGCAUACGCCGAUUAAUGCGUUGGGGUCGCCGGGGGAUUCGGGAGGGGAGACGGAUCCGAGGGAGAUUUGCCGGGAGAAGAUGAAGAAGGCGCGGAAGAUGCUGGCCAUGAAGAGGACUUCGGCACCGGUGAUUUUGAUUCCGACGAUUCCGACGAACCGGGUUGAUGAAAUCUCCUCGUUGGUCAACAUCACAAAGAAGCCACAGUUUAUCCAACGGUUGAUCGCGUAUUGGACGUUGAAACGGCAACACCGGAAUGGAGUUCCGCUGCUGCGACGUCUUCAGAGUCAAGGUCCAUCGCAGAGUGCCCCUCCGUUGCCACGGGACAAGUCGGACGGAUCGCCCGAUGCUCGCGAGCUGUACCAACAGCUCAAGUACUGGCAGUGUCUCCGCCAGGAUCUGGAACGGGCCCGCCUCCUCUGUGAACUCGUUCGCAAGCGUGAAAAACUCAAACUGAUCCUGAUCAAAACCAACGAACAGUGCGUCAUGACCCAACUCAACCCGAUCGAGUCCACCCUGCAUCGAAUCCUGGACCAGCUCGAAGCCAAGGACGCGCAGGAAAUCUUCCGCGAGCCCGUCGACACCGAAGAGGUCCACGACUACCUGGACAUUGUGAAGCACCCGAUGGAUCUCGGCACGAUGCGGCAAAAGCUCAAAAGCGGCCACUACUGCAGCAUCGAAGACCUCGAGGCGGACUUCCUGCUGAUGUGCAACAACUGUCUAACCUACAACAACAAAGACACCAUGUUCUACCGGGCGGGCGUCAAAAUGAAGGACGCCGGAACCAUCAUCUUCCGCACCAUCCGGAAGGAGCUCGAACGGGCCGGAAUCCUCGAAAAACCCCAUCCCCAACAACAACAACAACAAGCCAUAGCUGCAGCGCCAGUGCCAGCGCCAGCAGUCGCACCAACACCCGCACCAGCCCCAACCCCCGACUCGGAAGAUUCCCUCGCGGUGGACAUUGAGUCGGAGGUGGCGCUGCUUGCACAGGAACCGCCCAGCCUCGAACUGAUUGAGAAGAUGCAGCAGCAGAUGACCAAAGCGGGCGGAAUCAAGCACGGGCUGUCGCGCUCGAAGAGGGUCAAGCUGAUUCGGGCGGAGAUUGCCAAGGUGAAGCGGGCGCUCGCGCGCGAACCGGACAAGAUUGUGGCGGCGGUGAAGGAGGUGGCGGCGCCGGUUAUGCCCGAAGUACCUGUUAUGGAGACGCCCAAAAAGCAGCCGUCGGAGCCGACGACCUCAACCGCAAAGUCACCCAAAUCCCUGCAGACUCCACCCGCCAGCCCGUUGAAGAUUCUCAACAACAGCCCGUCGCCAUCCGGCGUCAAUCGACGAACGGCCGUCCUGUUCACGCGCAAGGCCCAGGCGGCCCUCAAGAAGCCGGAAACGCCCUCGAAGGAGGAGACCGUCAUCGCGGAGACGACCGAACUGCUGCUGCAGGCAAAAUCCACCAAAAAGACGACCCGCGGCAAACGGUCGUCGGGCAAGUCGUCCUCGUCCUCGCAGAGCAAGCAACUCGGCGAGCCGGGCUUUCUCGGCCUGCCGGGACCAUCCGGCAGCAGCAGUGGACGAAGAUCCGGCGGCGGCGAUUCGGGGGAGAAGAAGAGCUUCGAGGCCAUUCCGGACAGCUUCCGGGUGUACCGCGGGGGGCAGGACCGCGAGAUUUCCGACUCGGACGACAGCAAUCUCAGCUUCACCGGAAGCACGUGCAGCAGCUGCAGCGGGUUCAGCGGAAGCGGGACCGAGUCGGAGUUUGGCAGCUCCAGCGACGACGGUUCGUUCUGCGACACGGAAAUGUCCACCAGCGAGACGGAACCGUUUCCGGAGAAGCCGCUGCUCGAGCCGCUCAAGCUGGUGUGGGCCAAGUGCCGCGGCUAUCCGUGGUACCCGGCGCUCAUAAUCGAUCCGGACAUCCCGACCGGCUUUGUCCACAACGGCGUGCCCCUGCCGGCCCCUCCCGCCGACGUCCUCGCCCUCAAGGCCAACUAUCCGGACGAGCAGGUCUUUCUGGUGCUGUUCUUCGACGCCAAACGCACCUGGCAGUGGCUUCCGGCGGCCAAACUCGAGCUGCUCGGCGUCAACAAAGAGCUGGACCAGAGCAAACUGGUCGAGUCGCGGAAGCCCACCGAACGGAAAGCGGUCAACAAGGCGUACCAGGAAGCGCUGCACUACCACAGCCAGGUCUCGAGUGCGGACGGGCCGGCGGGGAAGUUGUGAGGCCGGCGGUAUCAGUUUGCAACGACGACGACGGCGGAUUCCGAUUAGGUGUCAUCAUUGUUGAGGUGUGGUGUUGUUUGUUGCACAAAAUUCAAAUUGAAAGAAAGAUGAAAAAAUUUCACACAGGAAGGCGAUUAUUAUUAUAUUA